AUGGAUUCACUCAGGCUUGAUCCAAUUAUUUAUCAAGAAAUUCUGUCUCUCGUUUAUGCUACUAUUAAAAUUAAUGCCAACCAUUUACUACUACCAAAUGUCACCUUGGGAUUCAAGGUCCUGGACUCCUGCUACUCUGAAGCUUUAGCUGUUGAGAACACCUUGCGUCUUCUGUCUGAAGAAACAGUAGUCCCAAAUUAUAGCUGUGGAAAGCAAAGGAAACUGCUGACCAUUAUAGCAGAGGACUUCUCAACAAUGACAGUGCCAAUUGCUAGACUGCUCGGUAUAUACAGAUUUCCACAGAUCAGCCAUUCUGCUAGACUUCCACUUCUUAGUGACAAGCAUGAAUUUCCAUCAUUCCUCCGUACUGCAGGCAGCUCAUAUCCUCAACAAUUUGGCUUGACAGAGUUAGUGAGGCAUUUUAUGUGGACAUGGGUUGGAAUUCUGUAUGAAGAUAAUGACCCUAAUGUACAAGCAAGUGAACAGAUGAAGCAAUUGCUGGCAGAGUCAAACAUCUGUGUGGCAUUUUACGAGAUCAUACCAACAAGCCUCAGAAAACAGGAUAUGCUUUCCCUUGUAAAGAAAGUGGAGACUUCAUCUGCUGCUGUGGUCAUAAUCUUUUCAUAUGCACCACAAGUAGCAUUAAUCAUGGAAGAGAUGUAUGCACAAAACAUAACAAGAAAACUUUGGAUUGCCAGUGAGGGCUGGACAGAUGACUUUAUAUUUACCAAGAAAGAACUCUGGAAAAUAUUACAUGGAACAAUAGGAUUUUCAGAACCAAGUAGGGAUGUUCCAGGGCUUAAAGAUUUUCUUUACAGUAUCAAUCCUUCUAGAUAUCCAGAAGAUAUUUAUAUGAAGGCAUUUUGGGAAAUUGCAUUCAGCUGUAAAUGGACAGAUAAUGAAACUGCAACAAAUGUUCAGUGUGAAGGAAAACAUUCAAUUAUGCAGCUGUGCUCAGGAAAGGAGAAACUGGAGUCUCUUGAACAGAAUAUAUAUCCAGUUAACAAUUUUAAGUACCAGUACAACAUGUUAAAUGCAGUUUAUUCAGCAGCUCAUGCACUGCAUGACCUUCAGUCUUGCAAUCCUGGGGAAGGACCAUUCAGUAAUAUGACAUGUGCAAGCAAGAAACAGUUUCAGCCAUGGCAGUUUUUCUAUUAUGCUAAGAAUGUCCAGUUCAUAAAUCCUUCUGGUAAACAAGUAUAUUUUGAUGAGAAUGGAGAUGUCCCAGCUUCAUAUGAUAUAGUUAACUGGCAGCUAAUCUCUGAAAACUCCAUGAGAUGUGUAACAGUUGGCAGGUUCGAGAUAAAUGAUAACCCAAGCAAAAGUCUCCAACUAAAUCACAGUGCCAUUAUGUGGAGUGGAGGAUAUAUGCAGGCCCCAACCUCUACUUGCAGUGGGAGCUGCUAUCAAGGAUAUCGGAAAGUUUCAAUUCAGGGAAUGCCUAUCUGUUGUUAUGACUGUGUCCCCUGCUCCGAUGGAGAAAUUGCAAAUAAAACUGACUCUGCUUCCUGCAUCAGGUGUCCAGAGGACUCUUGGCCAGAUGAGAAAAAAGUGAUUUGCAAUUUAAAGAUUGAAGAAUAUUUGUCCUUUGGUGAUCCACUGGGAACUGCAUUAGUGUGUCUUGCCAUUUCUCUUUCUGUGUUCCCUGCUUUUAUACUGUUGACUUUUAUUAAAUAUCAAGACACACCAAUAGUGAAAGCAAACAAUCGCAAUCUCAGCUACUUCCUUCUAGUUGCUCUUAUUCUUUGCUUCCUCUGUUCCUUAAUAUUUAUUGGAAAGCCACAUACUGCAAGCUGCUUGCUUCGACAGUCUGCAUUUGGUGUUACAUUUGCUGUCUGUGUGUCUUCCAUCCUUGCAAAGACAAUCACUGUAGUUAUAGUCUUUGGUGCAACAAGACCAGGAGGCUUUCACCAGAAGUGGUUGGGAUCCAGGACACCAAGUUGUAUUGGCUUUCUCUGCAGUAUAAUACAGACUAUCCUAUGCACUGUUUGGCUUGGAUACUACCCUCCAUUCCCAGAAAGGAACAGUAACUCCUUCAAAGACAAAAUAAUCAUAGAAUGUAAUGAAGGAUAUACAGUCAUGUUUUAUUUCAUGCUAGGCUACCUUGGACUACUAGCAUGUGUGUGUUUGGUUGCUUUUUUAGCACGGAAGUUACCAGACAGAUACAAUGAAGCAAAUUUCAUCACAUUCAGUAUGCUUAUCUUUGUUAGUGUUUGGCUGUCAUUUAUACCUGCCUAUUUAAGUACCAAAGGAAAGUAUGUAGUCGCUGUAGAAUUAUUUGCAAUCUUAUCAUCAGGGUUUGGAUUAAUGAGUUGCAUAUUCUUUCCAAAGUGCUAUAUCAUUUUACUGAGACCUGACCAGAACAAAAAGGAAUCUAUAGAUCUAAAAGGAGACCAGACUGAAGAUCUGGAGGAUGAGGAGGUGAAGGAUGAGGACAACCAGACUGGAGAACUGGAGGAGAAGGGUGAGGACGACCAGACUGAAGAGCUGGUAUAUGAGAAGGAGGACGUGAAGGAUGAGGACAAGGAUGACCAGACUGAAGACCUGGAGGAGGCGGAGGAGGACAAUGGAAAUGAGGACCUGACUGAAGAGCUAGAGGAUGAGAAGGACAAGAACGACAAGACUGAAGAGCUGGAGAAUGAAGAUGAGGAGGAUGACCAUACUGAACAGACAGAUUUCAGUCUUAAAUAG